CAGAGAUGGAAGAGGCUGUGCAGUGGGCAGCCAAUGGGAUGGACCAUAAAACAGGAAUAGAGAAGAAACCUCAGGCAGAGGAGAGAGUGAGGAGGAUCUCCUCAGACCUACACUGUGAGAUUCUGGACUUGAGUGGAGGAGAUAAUAUCACAGAGCUGUGCAAAAGGAAAAAAAAGAUCAAGAAAACAAACUUGCCCAGGGUGUCUGUGGAAAGCCCUGUGAUAGGGCCCACGGAUACUGCAGAAUUCAUGAAUGCAGCCAGUCAAGGCAAACUGAAUGUAAUAGACAAGUAUCUGGCUGAUGGUGGGGACCCUAAUGUCCAUGAUGAGUUAAAGAGGACAGCACUACACCGGGCCUCUCUGAAAGGACACAUUGCAGUCAUCCAAACGCUUUUAGAGAAAGGAGCCGAUAUCAACUUUAAAGAUCAAUUGGGUUCCAGGGCCAUACACUGGGCCUGCAGAGGGGGAAGCCUGGAUGUUGUCAAAGCCCUGAAAAGCCUCGGGGCUGACCUGAAUGCUAGAGAUAAGUUGUACAGCACUCCUCUGCAUGUGGCCACAAGAACAGGCAACAACACCAUUGUUGAGUACCUGCUGUCCUGUGGUGCCAAAAUCAACUCCAGGGACAGGGAAGGAGACACAGCCCUGCAUGAUGCUGUGCGUCUCAACAGAUACAAGAUAGUGAAGCUGCUCAUAGCUUCAGGGGCAGAAACAAAUAUAAUCAAUCAUGAGAGAGUGACCGCAGUGCAGCAGGUAAAACAAUGGCAGUUUGACAUCAUGGAGACCCUGCAGAGACUGGACAACCUGAAGGAGGUGGGACCUGAAAACACCUUCAGAGAGGAGUGAAUAGUGCAAAAGAUUUACAUCUCGUUUUUUCUUUAUGACAUAACAAUAAUAAUAAUACGACUAUCUGUCUCAGGUUCAAAAUACAUUCUGUUAUAUCAAUGUAUGUCUGUGUACAUCAUAUUUGAGUAUUUGCAUUAUAUG